AUGCGUCUUCUUCCAGACCUCAUCCGCACCCGUGCCGCUGCUAACACUCAUCCCAGUCGCCACCACCAGCCCCAAAUCAUGGCGUCCAGGACCGUCAUCCCCAUCGACAAGAACUGGCAGUUCAAGCAGGCCGACAAGGACGACAGCGAGCUUCUCGCCGUCAGUCAGUUCCCGACCAACAUCCACCUCGACCUCAUUCACCACAACGUCAUCCCCGACCCCUUCAUCGGCAAGAACGAGCUCGACGUCCAAUGGGUCGGCGAGAGGCAAUGGCUGUAUAGGACCGCCUUCGCUGCCGAGGCCGUCCCCGACGGCGCCAGGGCCGUGCUAGCCUUCGAGGGCCUCGACACCUUUGCGACCGUCGUCCUCAAUGGAAAGACCAUCCUCGAGACGGACAACAUGUUCACCCCAGAGCGUGUUGACGUCACAUCCGUGCUCAGCAAGGAUGGAGACAAUGAGCUCGUCAUCACCUUUGACAGUGCUUACCUGCGCGGCUGGAAGCUGGUCGAGAAGCAUCCCGACCACAAGUGGGGAUGCUGGAACGGCGACAACUCGAGACUGGCAGUCCGCAAAGCCCAAUACCACUGGGGCUGGGACUGGGGCCCGACGCUUUUGACCUGCGGCCCAUGGAGGCCUAUCAAUCUCGACAUCUACGAGUCCCGUAUCUCUGACCUCUACUUCGAGACCACCCUCGACCAUUCCCUCAAGAGCGCCAAGGUUGUCGCCCAUGCCACCACCGAGGGCAAAGCCACAAAAGUCCGUUUUGACGUCUCUCUAGACGGCAAAUCCCUCGCCUCCGAGACCGUCGAGGCCGAGGCGGACGCCGGAACCUCCGCCACCUUCCAGAUCCAAGACCCUGCUCUAUGGUACCCCGUCCGCUACGGCGAGCAGCCCCUGUACACCGUCACGGCCACCCUCCUCGCCGGCAGUGACGAGGUCGACACGAUUUCCAAGAAGAUUGGUAUCCGCAAGGUCGAGCUGGUGCAGCGGCCCCUCAAGGAGCAGCCGGGCACAUCCUUCUUCUUCCAGGUCAACAACGUCCCCAUCUUCUGCGGCGGCAGCGACUGGAUCCCCGCCGACAACUUCAUCCCCCGCAUCGGCAAAGAGAGAUACUACGACUGGAUCCGCCUGCUAGCCGACGGCAACCAGUUCAUGGUCCGCGUCUGGGGUGGCGGGAUCUACGAGGAGCCGGCCUUCUACGACGCCUGCGACGAGUUGGGCAUCCUGGUCUGGCAGGACUUCAUGUUCGGCUGCGGAAACUACCCCGCCUGGCCGGAGCUCCUGCAGUCCAUCGACCGGGAGGCGAGGGAGAACCUCAAGAUGCUGCGCCAUCACCCGUCCAUCGUCAUCUGGGCCGGCAACAACGAGGACUACCAGUACGCCGAGAGCGAGAAGCUGACGUAUGACCUCGCCAAUAAGGACGCCGAGAGCUGGCUCAAGACGGACUUCCCCGCGCGGUACAUCUACGAGAAGGUCCUCGCCGACGCGUGCAAGGACCUGAUCCCCGACACGUUUUACCACUUUGGCAGCCCCUGGAGCGGCGAGGACACGAGGGACCCGACCGUUGGCGACCUGCACCAGUGGAACGUCUGGCACGGCAGCCAGGAAAAGUACCAAAACUUUGACAAGCUCGUCGGCCGCUUCGUAUCCGAGUUCGGCAUGGAGGCCUUCCCCUCGGUCAAGACCAUCGACGCAUACCUGCCCAAGGGCAAGGACGACCCGGACCGCUACCCGCAGUCCUCGACCGUCGACUUCCACAACAAGGCCGACGGCCACGAGCGCCGCAUCGCCCUGUACCUCGUCGAGAACUUCCGCUACGCCCCGGACCCGCUGGAGCACUUUGUGUACUGCACCCAGCUCAUGCAGGCCGAGUGCCUCGCGUCGGCGUACCGCCUGUGGAAGCGCCAGUGGAAGGGCCCCGGCAGGGAGUACUGCGGCGGCGCGCUCGUGUGGCAGAUCAAUGACUGCUGGCCCGUGACGUCGUGGGCCAUUUGCGACUACUACCUCCGCCCCAAGCACGCCUACUACACCGUCAAACGCGAGAUGGCGCCCAUCUCGAUCGGUAUCACGCGGACGGAGCACAAGUACCCGCGCGACAAGUACACGCGCGUCGACAUCGACACCAAGACGCGCAUCGAGAUCUGGGGUUCGAACCUGCAGCUCGAGGACCUGGCCGUCGAUCUGGUCGUCAAGGCGUGGGAUGUCGAAACGGGCGAGGAGACGUACAGCGAGACCGUCGACAGGGACUUCGUCCUGCCGGAGAACAGGUCCACCGAGAUGGCGGCGUUUGAGGUGCCCGUGAGACGAGCGGGCGACGAGGGGCGGACGGUCGUGGCGGCGUACCUCGUGCGGGACGGGGAGCAGAUCGCGAGAUACGUCAACUGGCCCGAGCCGCUCAAGUACCUGCACCUGCAGAAGCCCAAGAGCCUGAAGGCGGAGCUGGCCGAGGGCGGCGGCGUGGUCGAGGUCAGCGCCGAGGUGCCCGUCAAGGGCGUCGCGCUGGAGGUGGAGAGCGACGAUGUGGUCUUCAGCGACAACCUUGUCGACGUCGUCCCGGGGGAGGUCGUCAGAAUCGGGGUCAGAGGGGCGAGCAAGGAGACCAAGAUCGAGACGAGGUACCUCGGGAUGUUGGACUGA